ACCACCGGCCGUCUUUGGGUGUUGUGACAAACUCCAGCGCAUUGCCCUCUGAUUAUCGUCAGAGUUUACAAUCGCCACAUUCGACCACAACCACAUCGCUUUGAUACCGCCGGCGUCUCGGCCGUGACACCACCGUCACAAUGGGUCGCAGGAAGAUCGAUAUCAAACCUAUCAAGGAUGAAAGGAACCGUUCUGUCACCUUUUUGAAGAGGAAGGGAGGUCUCUUUAAGAAGGCCUAUGAGCUGUCCGUGCUCUGCUCUGUUGAUGUGGCCGUUGUCAUCUUCGGAAACAACAAGAAGCUGCAUCAGUUCUCGUCGCGCGACAUGCGCGAAAUGCUCCAGCGAUGGACCUUGCAUGGCGAACCGAAUGAAUACAAGAUCCCGUCCGAUUUCAACGCCGGGGCCGACGACGAGGAGGACGAAGAUGAAAACGGCACUCCCCCACAAGGCGAGGGUAUGGAUGUCCAUAUGUUUCCGCCUCACUUUCAAUCGCAGCCCCCGUUCCCCGUCAUCCGGCAUCACACACCAUCAGCAUCCCCACCUAUCUCCAAUGGCGUCUUCGGGCCGCGAGGCCACACCCCGCAGCCCCAGAUGGGUUCCCGGCCGUCAUCGCGAAAUGACAUCCGCCGGAUGGGACCAAACAUGGCGGGCCAACCGGUCGGGCCGCCAGGUUCGCAGCCGGGCGCAGUGAACGGCUUCGCAUACAUGCCACAAGCGGCCAUGUACAACGCUCAGAAUUCCCACAACAUGCAAUCACAAAACCACACCCACGGCCUACCACAACCGCACCCGCAGUACCCCUACCCACAGCAACAGCAGCACCCGCACCCGCACCCGCACCAGAUGCAACCGUACGCGGACGAACAGCGAAGGACGUCGGGACCUGCCGCCUUCCCUCACCAGCCGCCACAACAAGGCGCGCAAAGAGGGCGCCAUUCCGUAUCCCCACCGCAACCUUCGCCCGCACAAAUACCUCCCCAGCAUAUGUCCCCGCCGCCGCAACCGCAAGCCCAUCCCAUGCAGAGCCCGCCUCAGCCUCAGCCUCAACAACACCUGCCGCCUCAAUCCCAGCCUCAACAACACCUCCCUCCACCACCACCGCCGCCGCCGCCACCCCAACAGCAAGAAGUCCCUCACAUAUUCGUCCCGCCCCAGGAACCGCAGCCACCUGCAUCCGGGGAGCCGAGACCGAGACCCGAACUAGUAGAAAGGGCGCGGCAACCCCUUCUCCUGGACACCAACAUCAAGAAGCAGGCACCUCGCAAGGGUGGCAGCAUCUUUACGCCUAUUGACGAGAACCGGUCGAUCCUGUCGCAACAUCUCGCGGCAUUCCAUCAUCCGGAAGUGAAGACAGAACCGUCGUCUAGCCGAUCACAGUCGAUCGACGCCGGAAGCGUCGCGCGAAGCAGUAACCCGAACUCGCCGCCCUCGCUUCCCCGCGUCAAUGCACAAAGCGCCCAAAUACAGCCGCAGAUCAAGCGGAACGGAUCGCUGGGGACCAUUCCUGAGACUGUCUUUACGCCGCCGUCACGGUCCAACAGCCUGCGCGUUGGCGGGAGCAUUUCGCGGCCGCAGUUGAAGGUGCGAAUCCCAGACGAGUCGGACGGCGGCAGCGCCACGAACGGGUCGGCCUCGCCACACGGAACUAUGACGACAGCGACAGACAUCACGUCGCAGCCCUCUCGGCGGCCCACGGAUUCGCACUCCUCCGGCGUCGUCCUGCCACCGCCUUCUCCGUCCGCCUCCACUACCCUGCUCUCGGCAGGCGCUACGGGCCCACCGAAUCCGUUCGCCCGCCCGCCGCCCCACCAGACCAACAACAUGAACAUCGACACGCCCGUCUCGGCCUUGCCGUCCCGCUUUCUCGGCGAGGGCCUGCUCCCGAGCCCCAACGGCUUCUACGCCGACUGGGGCAUCAAGGGAAACGAGCACAACACGCUGAGCCCGCUGACGUGGUCUACGCCCGUGGUCGGGACGGGACCCUCAUUUUUGAGAGAUGAUCUCGCCCCACUGAAGCGGAAGAGCCCGGAUAUCAACGGGAGCGGGCCGCAUCAUGAUGGGCCAGCUGAGACGGCGGGCGCAGAUGCGAAGAGGGUGAAAGUUGAUCAUUGAAGAAGCAUGGUUAUUAUUUAGAUUUGUUUGAGUAGGAGGAGCACGCUUAUCAUUUUACACCAGGGUUGUACCAUAUAGUUCUCUUCUUCUUU